CGACCAUCGUCCGGUGUUUACUAAUGUGUGUCCGGCCCGGGCCUCGAAUCGCGAGAAAACCCAUCGAGACUCAAACUAACCGCCAAAGUUGAACCCCACUGAGAAAGAGCGUUUGAAGGAGAACCUUUCGAAAUAUCUGCAUAAUUGCCCGCACAUUGUCAGGAAGCAUCUACAGUUUUGCCCCUCGGGAUACAGUGUUAUUGCCCUUCCCAUUGAUACCAGCAAUGACCAAGUUAAUACUCUCUACCGGGAAUAUCGUCUCGGGCGGGCCUUCCAUUAUCCGAAAGCCAGGCGCAUUCCGAUCCAACCUCGAGCUCACCAAUUCCCUGCGCAGCAACUUUGUCGCUGCGCAAGAAGACGCUGCCGCCGAACUAGACGCCAGGGGGGCUACAAACGGCAACGGCGACACCAAUGGCAGCGGCGACAGCGUAGACUCGGACGCUGAGACCGGGACACCUCGGCGCGUGCCAACGACAGCCUGGACGGGCCGUGGACAGAACGGCGCACUGUAUGUGCCCCGCAUCCAUUGGGAUCAUGACCACCACCAGGGGCUACAGGAGGAACGGGCGCAGUACGACAUCACGGUCAAGCUUUUCUUUCUGCCGGGUGCGCCCGUGUCUGAGCGGUCGCGCUAUGCGAGAGAAGCGCUGGAGCAUGUCUUGCAGGAGCUGCGCGUCCCCGAGGUUGACCUGCUCAUCGUGUCCUUUCCGGGCAUGUCGUUCGAAGGAGACUGCGAAUGGGAAGCGGACAGGAAAAACGCGGUGCAAGGCAACGACGAGGAUGAGAUCGCGACUUGGCCCGCUAUCGAGGAGCUGCACCGCUUAAGUCUGGCAAAGAGGCUCGGGCUCGCCGAGUUCGGCAGUGAGAAACUGGCUCGCUUCCUCAGCAAAGCACAGGUCCGGCCGACGGUCAACCAGAUCAACCUGAAGAACUGCUGCAACGUGCCGCCGCCGCUGGCGCAGUUGGCAAAGGAGCAGGGUAUCGAGCUUUUGGUCCAUAGCGAUUGCACAGACAUUCUCCCGAAGGGGACAUUGAGGGAGCUCCUCGGUCCCGGGCCACGCGGGGCCGCGAUCCUGGCCGACUCGGAAACGGGCGCCGGCGGGCUGCAGGGUGACCUCACCCCGCUAUGGGUCGUAAAAUACACCGCUGUGGUACGGGACCGGGGUGUCAUUGAGAGCAAGGGUUACUUUGCCGGCGCGGAGUUGGCAGACGAAUAGGGGCUGAUUUGCCGCUGUUUGGGAGGCUCAAACUGUCCAAGGAGUUAUGGGAAACACAGGCUGGUUGUUUGACAUACCGGUUCUCUGGCAUGGAUUAUACAGGCUUAAUGG